AGUUAAAUCAGUGAGAGAAGUGAAAGCAUAAUGAUGUGAGUAGGAGCAUUUUCAAGUGAAGUUACAGAAGAACUGACGAAAACUGAAAUUAAGGAAUCUGAACACAUUUAUUUAUUGUUUGUUUUUUUUUCUUUCCCGGUAUAUUAAAGUUUGGCUGAAAGUCACUGUAUCCCAUCUUUUUCUCAGUAUGGCAGAGCCUGCUGAGCUGCUGCUCAUCAAGGACCAGUAUGAGUUGGCGUUUCACUCCCUGAGUCGUGGGCUAACAGCUGAAGAGGCCGGGAAAAGAGAGGAGGCCCUGGAGUAUUACAGAAAGGGCCGACAGCACCUUACCCAAGGAGUGGAAGUUCCCACUGGGGGGGAGAGGCACCAGGGAGUGGCCUGGGACACGGCCAGGCAGCUUCAACAGAGAAUGAGGGACACUCUGAGUACUGUAAACACCCACCUCUCUGACCUGGAGACCUCUCAGCUGACAACAGGAGGCCAGAGGGACCGACUGUUGAUGGAUCUUCCUCCUAAUCUUUAUCCAGACCUGGCACCUAACAGUCACCCUCCCCACAGCUCUCUCCACCAUCUAUACCCCACCAUACCCCCUACCAACCAGAACACUACCCCAACCCCAAAUACAGCCCCUGUCAGACCUGCUUCCCCUGCUCUACCACCCAGACGUAUGCACCCUGCAGUGGCCCCAGAAACUAUAGCCAUGGCUCACCCAGGGGACCAGCCUCCAGCUUACACACCAGUGCCGACAGACGGGCACCGUAGCCUGGCUUAUGGUACUGCUGGAGGUGGCCUUGAGUCAGGAAAGCAGACUGGAGCAGCAGCAAGACGAGAUGGAAACGAGCUGCUUUACAUUCCCUCUGGGGUGCAGAUGUUUUUCGUGGCACCAGAUGGACAGGUCAGCUCCCUGUCUAAUCCAGGGUACCUUCGCAUCAUCGCAUUUGAUAGUGAGAGCAAGGUUUCAACUGCAGGAAGACCCUCAGCAUUUCUACAUGUGUGUGACUGGCUGUACCCACUGUCAGCAGACACUCCAGUGCUGUUGGCUAACUCCGGGAUCUUCAUGUUCCCUGACUCUUUGGCGGAGACUCCGGGGUCCUAUGUGGGCAUAGUGUUGUCAUCUGAACUGCCUGCUGCCGACCGAGAGAUGUUUCAGGACCUCCUGUCACAGCUGGCUGAACUCAGGGUCCAGGGUCCAGAGGGGGCAGGAUCAGAGGUCGUCAACCUGAGUAUGAAAGUCCCCCUUGGUCCCCCAGAAGAGCAAAAAAAACUGUCAGUGCCAACUGGGGAGAAGGACAAACUACCACUUCCUGGAUGGAGUGAGAAGAUGGCACAAGGAAUCUUGUCAGGAGCUACAAAGUUGAGUGAAGGGUUUGCAAAAGGAGCAGAGGCCACAGGUAGAGCCAUUCAAAAAGGAGCAGCCAAGAUCCGGGACCACAUCACACCUGAGGAAACUCCUUCAGAGGUCAGCCCCCGGGUCACCAAAAGUCUGCAGGUGGCUAAACAGGCCACCGGAGGUGCUGUGCGAGUCAGCCAGUUUUUGGUUAAUGGAGUGAGCACUGUGGCAGGACAUGUGGCAGAGAAAAUGGCGCCCCAUGUGAAGAAACAAGGCGCCAAGCUGGUCCCAGAGUCUAUGAGGAAGAGCAAAGAGGGCCAGGCGUCCAAUUUUGAUGGAGCCAAAUUUGUGGCAGCCAGCAGUAUACAAGGUUUCUCUACUAUUUGGUCCAGUCUGGAGACCGGAGCAAAGCUUGUUGGCAAAAGUGUUGCAGCAGAGACUGUCACAACUGUGAAGUACAAGUACGGUGAUGACGCAAGCCAAGCCACAGACACAGCUCUCCGGUCAGUGGCAAAUGUUGGUGUGACUGCACACAACAUUGACAAUCUGGGCAUCAAAGCCUUCCUGAAGACAACAGGCAAGGCGACAGCGAAGGCCAUGGUCAAAGGCUCGGGAGGACAGUCAGCAGAAACUGAGGGGAAAGAGGCGCAGAGACAAGAACAUCAAGCAGAGACUGAGGGAGAAGGAAAAGCAGAAGAGGAGAAAGAGUUGAAAAAAUAGAUUCCCACAGGACUUUAAUGCUUUACUGGAAGGUUUCAGAUGGGUGGGUCACUACCUCAUUUGCAGUUUUAUAAAAGUAAAUAUAGGCCAUUAGUGUUUUUGGAAUAGACACUGUCUUGUAUUAAUUAUGGCUGUAAACUAAACAAGACAAAACCAAUGAUGUUUUUGUGGUAGUAUAAUAGGCUUGUGAUUGUAUAUUUAUAUAUAGUUGGCUAUGUAUUUUCUCUGUGUUGUAUGUGACAAAAUAUUCACUAUGUAUACCAGUUAACAUGUUGCUUUACCAGUAGAGUUAUAGCUAUAGCCUGAUAUGACCUCAUCUAUAUUAAAAUCUGUAUGAAAGUUGCCUUAAUAAUUUUAAGAAAUACACACAAACUUUGUAUAUAGAAAUAUAAAUUAAUAUAAAUUUCAUAUUUAACCUAUUUUUGUAUAUGAGAUGUCCAAGGUGUUGUAACAGAGAAAAAAAUGUAUGGAAAAUGUUGCUGUCUCUCUCUCUCUUGCUUGCGCGCGGGCAUACUCACACCAGACACACACACACACACACACACACACACACACACACACACACACACGCACACACGCACACACACACGUCUGCUGAACUCUGCUUGUUUUGGUAUUGUAAUUAGAUCCUCUGCAAGAUAAAUGGCCUUUAUAGACCAUUAAUGUAGGAUGUUGAAUUAAGAGCUCGGUAUACUGUAUGGAGGAAGUUAAUUUUCAGACCCAAUUAAGCGCGAAAUGAACUGUAUAUACUGAAUAUAAAGAAAAGUAAUGCACCGAUUCAUUAAU